AUGCAACAUUUUGAUAUAAUCCAUCGAUUCUCUACCAAUGAUGAUACCGACUUUGAUCCAAAAGCAAGAUUUCCUGAUGAUCUACGUGAGGGUCUUUCUGAAAGGGAACAUCAAAUAGUUAAGAGAAUAAUAAGAAACCUCAAAAUAAGAGUUAACCAUAGAGCCGAAGCUCGAACCAGUUCCAAGAUUGAAAGAUUAACACAAACUCCCGCAUCUUCAAAAAGUUGA